AAAUAACCUAAAUUAUUAUUAAUGGACAUUUUAGAGCCUUUCUAUAAAGAUAGCACUAAAAUACUUGAACCAGAAAAUGAAGACUUACAUAAAGGAUUUCUCUUUUUAGGCAAUAUUAAAUCAGCAUAACCUUACAAUCUAUCACCAAAAUUAAUCACUGCUGUUUUAACUGUUACAAAAGAAUCUAAAGUUGUCUAUGAAAAUCCAAACAUUAAACAUUUUAAAUUAGAUGUGGAAGAUAUUGAAAAUCAAGAUUUAUGUAAAAUUUCAAUUCUCAUUUAUUAGCUUAAUUUUUUGAUAAAUGUUUUACUUUUAUAGAUGAAAAUUUAUAAUAAGGCAAUGUCUUAGUUCACUGCAUGGCUGGAGUUUCAAGAUCAGCAUGUAUAGUAAUAGCUUAUAUUAUGAAAACUAAAAAAAUGUCUUUUAGAGAUGCCUUCUAAUUUGUAAAAUCAAAAAGGACAAUUGUUUGGCCCAAUGAUGGCUUUGUAGAGUAAUUGAAAAAGUUUGAAAUAUAAUUAAAUCAAAAUAAAUGA